GCCACAUUCCUCUAGUCAUGAGGCCGAGCUGAUCUGAGUCACACGCUGAGAGAGGGAGAAACAGAAAGAGAGAAAGAGAGAAGUCAGAAAGGAACUCUGCUAGGGCUCAUUUCAGUGUGAAAGUACGACAUGGUCUGUAAGCAAGACAUACGGUACAUGGUUGCUUUCAAGGGAUCUACUACAAAAAUUGGCCGACAAACGAACACAAUCAUCACAACUAUGUUGACAUGAUGGACAUUCAUCUUAAAUUCAGGACAUGUUUUCAUCUGAAAUGACGGAGAACAAGAACAACGUUUGUUACGUGAUGGAGGACGGUGAGAUGGAUGUGCAGAUCAAACAAACCAAAGCUCAGCCAGAGCAGUCCAACAACAACAGAACCAACUGGUCAAAUGGUCAGUGUGUUGUGGCCAUGCCCGGCUAUUCGGUGCUAAACCCAAGUUUUGAUAUGUCUCUCUGCCGAGCCAAACUGGAGAAUGAUGGCUUUCAGAUUCCAGAGGAAGACAUGGAGGCUCCUCUGAAGACAGCUCUGGAAGUUCCCUCAGUCAGGAGAUACAUGGUUUUCAACUCUGCUCUCUUCCAUUUCUUAAUGGCACCGGUGCUGUAUCUUGUGGUGUGGUGCGCUGUAUUCUCCACGCUCCACAUUUUUAUCACAGUUAGUGACUACUGGGUCCUCUGCCUCUCGGUCAGCCUGGUCUCCAUCUUCCUCACCACUGCCAUCGUUUUCGUCCUCCAUUACAGUAACAAGGAGAUUGACAUGAAUUUAGACGUCCGGUUAAUCCAGGUGAAUGAGAGGCUGGUGAAACACAAGCUGCUGGUUUCCGUGGCUGACUGGGUGCAGUCCUGCGCAGGAAACAUGCAGCUGUACUUUGUGUAUUGGGACAUGUCCCGCUGUCUGAAGGCACUGACUGAAACUUUAGAGGAGCGCAACUUUGUGGGGAAUGACACCCAGAAUAAACUGAAGAAGAAAAUGUCGCAUCUGGUCCUUGUGACGGAGGAAACAGCGGUUGACCAGGUUGGAGGGUCAGAUGUGGAGCAGGACCCGGAUGAACAUAGGCCUCUGCUGAGCCAGGAGAACACGGGCAGCAGUGCAUCUAGCCCCCCAGAGGCCGCCAAAGUAGCCACCAACUACAGCCUCGUCCCUGACGAGGCCUUACCUGCUCAGACUAGAGCCUACCAGCUUCUGAUGACCUACAGUGCAGCAUACGUGAAGCUGCUGGUGUCCCAGCGGCUGUCAGGUCCGACACACCACCGCCUCCGCCCCAGGAGGAAUCACUGCACCACCGCCCCUCUCUGUCUCUGCCAGUAUAUCAAAAAGCAGAUCCUUCGAUAAGAAAGCCAGUGUUCAACCAGAAACAUGUUACAUGGAGCGUGGCUGUUCUAAUUUUGCACCUAUAUACAUGAACAGACAAACUGACUUGUUGGAUAAUUUCCUUAAAUGAAGGACUUGUUUGGAGCUUCACUCUCCAGUCUGCAGGUGCCUGUACUGCUGUUUCUUUACGCCAGCUCUGUGUUUGCAUCACCUGGAUCCUCAUCUAUUUGUUCCCGACAAUUCCUGCACUGUGCCAAAUGCUGUCUGAUCCAGCUGCUGUAAAACAAUGUUUGCACUCGGGUACACAUAUAAUCAUAGCCUUACUUACUGCUGUUUUGAGUAUUUGCAAAAUUAAUAUAAAACAUCUUGUGAUUUGAUUUGCAGUAGAUUCUAUAUGUGUCUUGAUAGUUGAGCUGAAGGCAGUGGUGGAAAAUAAUCCAGUAUAGUUUCUCUAGUUCUGUCAUUUGGUACAAUGUUAAGGUACUACAUUUUCAUUUCAUGCCAUUUCAUGCCACUUAACUCCUCUUAAGUAGAAUUUAUAUGGAAAUGUCGUAAGACGUACAUUUUUCAUUACAAGAGUCAAAUUAAACUAGUGUUAAUCAAUCGUUUUACCUUCUGAUCUUAUAUUGUCAGUUGGUCAGCCAUUUCGGUUGUUUAUGAAGCAUUUUUAUGUUUCAGUUGUGAAAAAAAAUCCCCCUCUGAAAUUUUGUGAAGUGAAAGUAUGACGUAAACUGCUGACGUUAAUUAUUUAAAAUUCCUCUUAUAAGUACAAUACUUGAGUAUACGUAUGUACUUACUUUCAUUGUUCCACUGGAUUUUAAAUGCAGAACUAUUUUUUUGAAGUUAGAAAAGGGUACUCGAGUAUUUUACACAGUUUAAAGAAUUCAAAAUGUAAUUGUUCCCAGAAAGAGACUUGUAAUGUGUGUUUCGUAGAAAACACUGAUCCCAUGUCCAUUGCAUUUUUGCUUUUUUUAAAUAUAAAAGAUUUCUGAGAAAAAAACAUUAAUUCAUAUUUCUCUGAAAUGUCAAUGAUGCUAAAAAAACAUCUAGAUAUUAAAAGCUUUUUUUUUUACCGCUCUCAA